AUGAUGGUCUACACCAACUCGCGCCGCGGCACUGAGCGACUGGCCGGCUCCUUCCGAGAGGUGUGCGGGCUGCCGGAAGCUGCCCCCGACGGCGAGCCUUGCAUCAUCGAGGCGUACCACGCCGGCAUGGAUCGCAUCCGGCGGCGCGAACUCGAGGCGGCGUGGCGCGACUCGGUCAUCCGCCAGCUGGCCGCGACCAGCGCGAUGGGCAUGGGCAUGGACAAGCGCGACAUCGACGCCGUGUACCACCACAUGCCCCCGCGCAGCCUCACGGCCCUGUACCAGGAGGCCGCCCGUGCCGGCCGAGGGCCGGGUCGGCGCAGCAUCUGGCGGUGGUACGUGACGCUCAAUGACAUCAUCGAGCUCUUCGAGCGGCGGCACGGCGACCUCGCGCAGAGCGAGGUGGGGCAGGGCUACGGCUACGGCCUCUGCCUCGACGUGCUCUCCUUCCUCCUCGACGAGACCACGUGCCGCCACCAGCUGCUCGAGUCCAGCCUUGGGGCUGGCACCGAGGAGUGCGACCCUUGCCCCGACGACUGGCAGUGUGACAACUGCCUCCGCCGCUGCAGCUGCACGUCCACCGCCGCGGUCGACGCGGACGCGGUGGAGAUCGCGCGCGAGCAGUGGACUCCUGCGCUGCUUCGCGCGAUGGGCUCCCUCGCCCAACCUUCCCUUACCCUCCGCUCCUUCGCGAAGGAGUGGCUUCGGCUUCGCGACGGCCCCACGCCUCUCUGGACGCGCGUGCCCCUGCUGCUGCACGCCCUCUUCCACAACGUCCUUCGCGUCACCUUCCGCCCUGUCUCCCACCCUGCUGCUGAAACUGACGACGUGCCAAUCCCCGUCCGUUGGGUGGCAAUCGUCAGCAUUGACGCGCAUGGGCGGCGGGCGGCGCACUCGUCUCCGGCGCUGGCGCUGCUGCGGCUGCACAAGAGCCUCUGGCGAUCGGAUCUCGCUGGCGACGCCGACGUCGAACCUCUGUCGGCGUAG